UUAUUCAUUUUUGUACUCAGAAGAUAGAAAAGAACGUGAAACUACCAGUGAAGGUGAAGGGAAUGGAAAACAAGUUCUAGCAGUGUGCACUGAAGAAGAUAUGGAAUCUGGGAACUAUAAAGAAGUUGCAAUGAUGACAAAGAUGUACAAAACUGAGGUCCUUGAGAUACUGCAGACAGAUGAGGGACGAGCAAACAUUGGAAAACAAACCAAAGAGGAAGAUGGUAAAGCAGCAGACAACUUUACACAAUCUGGUAGAGAAGAAACUGAAGAUAAAUGCUUGAAUGACACGGAAAAGGAGGGACAAGAGCCUCAUACAGUGGACAAGGAGGGAAACCAAACUAGUGAAGUAAGUACAGCCAUGGAGGGAAGUGCCGCAGCAGACCUUCCUUCCACCUCUAUUGCAGAGGAAAGUUUGAAUGAAGACAAAAGAAGUGCCAUAAAAUUAGAGAAAGAGGUCUGGAACUCAAACAUAAAGUGCAUAGAGCAGGAUUUUGUCACAUGUUCUACAGAGGAAAAAGGAGACAAAGCCCCAGAGGAGAAGGCAGAGCUAAAUGAAGAAGAAGAAACAGCUGAUACAGAAAUCAAUUUACAUGUUGAAAACUUCCCCUCAGCGCCUGAGAUAUCUGAUAAAGAGAUUGAAGAUAAAAUUUUACAGAAAGCAGGCUCAGAGGUUCCGGUGACAGCAAAGAAGAUAAGCUUAACUGAAGCUGAUGCAGAAUAUAUAAUACAGAUAGACAGUUCUAAAUUGUUUUCUGAAGAGCUAUCAACAACUGAACCAAGUGAGUUGAAGGCAAAUGAAAUAGAUCUCACAGCUAAACCAGCUGAAAGCUCCGCCUACGGUAAGAAUAAGGAUCUGGAUAUCCCUGAAGCAAGAGAGCAUGGCACAGAAGGUUGCAAUACAGUACCAAAAUCUGAAGAUCAAAUAGAAACCAUCAUUGUUAAUUUGGGUGACAUAUCAAAACAAAAUGUUCAGGGAUCUUCCACACUGUCACUGGAAGAAAAAAACUUUGUGACACCUGUAGCAAUUGAGGCUCCAGAUAAAGAAAAAACCUUGUAUGUCAAAGCAGAAAAUCCCUUGGCUGCAAAGACAACAGAAGAGGAUCAGUCAACAAAUCCAGAAAAUGACACCAUAGUUGAGUCUAUAAAUAUUGAAAAAGAGAAUGCAGAUUUCCAGGAUGAGGAUCAAGAGUUGAAUUCAUCUCUUGAACUGAGCAGUGAAGAAAGCAAACCUGGAUCAGAUGUGGAGCUUUUGAUGGGGAUGAACACUUGUGAAGUAGGCAGUAACAGUGAAGUUGGGAAGUUGGAGUGUUCGGAGGAUGAAAAAUCACUAGAUACAGGAUUUACAAAGAACAAAUCUAAAUUUGAAAUGGCAGUCAAUGAAUGCUACAAGGAUGUUGAAGCAUCUGGUGAAUGUAUAGAUAUCAAAAAGGAUAUCCUGGAACAGGAGGAUUCUGCUAAAAGUUCUGAAGGCAGCUCAAAGGAGAGGGUUGAAAUAGAGAAAGUAGAUGUCAAAUUUGACAUAGAAGGUCAUAGUCAUGGAAUUGAAUCAUCUGAAACACAAAGUAGCAGCUCUGGAAAAGAACAGAAUAUUGAAAAAGUUGAUGGUGAAAACUUUAAACAGAUGACCAGAGACAAUGAAAGAGCUGCUGAAGGUGAAAUCAUCAAAGAAGUGAUAAUUAAAGACAACAGUUGCACCAAGGAACUCCAUAUGAUACCUAUAACAGAAGAAGCAGUUAAUGAGGUGACAGGCCAGGAUUUAGCACCCAUUCAGAGUAUUGGAGUAACAGCUUCAAAUCACAUAGAAAUGGUGGAAUCAAAGUUUCCAGAAGAUCUCCAACAGGAAUCAGAAGAAUCUGCUAUUUCAAAAACACAGGACAAAGAAAUUAAGGAAGUAAUCAAGAAGCCUGCAGAUAUGUCAAGCUUAGCAUCUGAAGUGUCAGAAGAAAAGAUUAAGGAAGAGAGCAUAGAAGAAGCAGAUAAUGGUGAUAAUGAGAUUGCUAUUGCACCAGGAAUGAUAACAGAGGCAACAGGCUUAGCUGAAGUUCAGCUAAAUGAUAUGCUUGCAAAGGUCCUUGAUAGUAUUUCAGAAAGUAAGAGUCUACAGACAUCCAAAACAGCUGAUACGAGCCAACAAGAUGCAGAAGUUGAUAGUAUGAAGGUUGAAGAAGCCUCUAACAUGGUCUCCCAACUUCCCAGUCACGAAUAUGAGAGAAUAGAUCAUGAAAGUAUGAAUUUAGAGAAGUCAGAUACAAGUAACAUUGAAGUCAAAGAAACCAAACUUCCUGAGACAGUAUCAAUGUCUAGAGAUCACAGUGUCAACGAGAUUCAUGGAAGAGAUAUGAGCCUGACUGUGGGAGAGAGAGAUACUAAUCAAACUGAAAAACAAAUCACAGAAAUUCCUGAAGCAUCAUCAUCUGAACCCAUAAAUCAAGGUGUUGAAGGAGAUAGCAGUCACGAGAUUAUUGCACCAAUAGUGGCAACAGAAGUAACGAGCUUCGAGGAAGUUCGGAUAAAUCAGGAGUCCAUAAAGGCCCUUGAUAUUAGCCCAGAUGCUAAGCAUGGAGAGACAAUUAAAACAGCCAAUGCUGUAGAGCAGGAUGCAGAAGUUAACAGGAUGAAGCUUGAAGAAACCUCUAAGAUGGCGUGUCAGCUUCCAACAUAUGAACAUGAGAAAGCAGAAAAUGAAAACAUAACUGCAGAGAAUUUGGAAGCAAAUGAGGUUGAAGUUGAAGAAACCAAGACUCCUGAUGCAGUAUCUGAGUCUAAUGAUCAGGGUGUCAAAGAGAUUCCCGAGACAGGUACAAGCCUGGAUAUGGAAGAGACUAACAUAAAUGCAAUUGAAAAGCAAAUUGGAGAAAUUCGAAAACCAUUAGCCGAACUCAUAAACCAAGAUGAAGAGGAAUCUAGGGAUGACGAGACUUCCCUUGUUCCAGUUCCCCAAGCAGAGAAGAACGAAGAGCAACAUCAGGUUCCAUCCUCUGCAUUGCUUUCUAUAAAUCAGGGCAUUGAGACUACAACUACAAUUGAGAGGAUGCCCAAUGUGAGCCCAGAGUAUGAUGAUACAGAAGUUGAUAACUUGAGGCUUGUAGCAGUCUCCAGUGUGGUCUCUCAACUUCCUGUAACUGAAUGUAAGCCGGCAACCAAUGAGAAUAUAGAAAAAUCAGAUGCAGAUGACGCUGAUAUCAUUGAAACCAAACUUUUGGAUGUGGCACCUGGGUCCAAAGAUCAGAUUAUUGAAGAGAUUCAUGAAACUAAGACAAGCCGAAGUACAGAAAUUAUUGAUACAGACAAAAGAGAAGCAGAAAUCAAAGUUGUUACAGAAGAAGUAUCUGAUCUCAGGAAUCUAGGUGCUGACAUAGUUGCUGAAAGUGAGAUUCUUGAUCAUCCUGCCCCACCUGGUACAUUGGGAGAGCAACUUCAGGUGUCGACCUAUGCCUUGUCUUUCAACAGACAGGAUUGUGAAGCCAGUACCACAAUCAAGAAGAUAGAAGAUAAGAGCACAGAGGAAGAUGAAACACAAGUUGAGAAGACCAAGCUUGAAGAUGCAGAAGGCAUGUUGUAUACAUUUUCAACAAUUGAACAGAAGAAUAAAGAAAACAGGAGUGCAAUUAUAGCAAAAUCUGAUGCUGCUCAAGUCAAAGUUGAAGAAGCCAAAAUUUCUGAACUAAUUUCUGAUUCUGAAAUUCGUGGUGUUCAAGAAAGCCCAAGCAUGGGAAGGACUCAUUCAGACAAAGUGGAAGUACACAUCAAAGCAGUUCCUGAAACAAUAUAUGACCUGAAUUAUCAAGGAGAUGAAGCAGAAAGUUUUAGGGAUGAUACCGUUAAUCAGAUUGCAAUUCAGAGAAAAGAGCAAUCUCUGAUAUCAUUGUCUCCCUCAUUCAAGGAACUAAACUGUGAGACAACUCAAUCUCAGGUUAUAAGUGAUGAGGCCACAAAAAUAGAUAAAACUCAGUUGGUUCAGAACAUACCUGGUUCACCAACAGGUACAACAGAAAAACCACAUUUGCAGGAUGAAGGGCCAAGGGAGCUUGAAGUUUCAAGUUUGCAAGUUAAACUGCAUGACAGCCAAAACAAUGUAUCAGAGGAAGAUAGCAUGGUUCUAGAAGAAGCUUCAAAACUAGAGACUCGAGAAUACAUCCCUGGAAUUAAUUAUGCUGACUCUCCAAGAGAAUAUGAGAAAACAGCUGUUGACUUGAGUUCACCAAAUACUUCAACAUAUGAGGGCAUCACAGAUUCAGGGAAUUCAAAUGAGGACACCAACAAUUUAACUCCUUGUUCAACACUCAGAGAUCUUUUAAAAGGAGAGCUGGAUGCAAAAUGCGAGGAUCUCAAGUUUGACAAAUUCAGAGAGGUUCUUGAAACAAUGUCUGAGAGUCACAGUCCAGAAGUAUUCCCCAUAUCAAUAGGGACAGAUAGCGUAACAGGGAAAAGCACGAGGGAUGGAAAAAAUCAUAGUGACAGAACAACCAAAGCAGAAGAAGCCAUAAAGAAAGAUAUUUUGAAGGAAAAGAUCUUCCAGGAAAAGCAAGUUACUGUAAACUCUUAUUUGGUGUCUCCUCAUGAAGAAAGGGUCACAGAGAGCACACAAGAAGUUGAACAAAGGGCAGAAGAUUAUCGAGGAGAUAAAGCUAAUACAACACUUGAGGCCUCAAGGAAUGAGGUUCAACAUGAUCUGGUGUAUGAGGAAUUUGUAGAAGCUGGCGCAGACAAAAAGUUGAAAGAAAUCAUCACAGCUCAAGAUAGAACUUUGGACCCAUAUCCUCUGCAUGUUGGGGAAGGGACAGCUAUAGUCAGCCAUCAGGAAGAAGCAAAGGAUGGAAAAGUUGCCCAGAAAGUAUGUAUCAUAUUAGACCUUGAAGAUCAAGGUGAUGAAACAAACUUUAAGGACACAGAAAAAGAGACAACAGCUCCUAUUGAAGAGUUUAAUAGAUCCAAGGAAAUGUUGAUCAGCUUUGAGGAAAAUAGAGCAGCUGACAGUGUCAAGACAAUGGCGAGCAGCAAGAAUGAACAACAACAAAGUGCAGAGCUAGCUGUUCCACCAGUUAGAGAUGAAGUAACUGAAGAAGCACCAGAGCAAAAUACAGGCAAAAAUUUUGAGGAAGUCUCUGAACCUUCUGGAAAAGGCAACAAAGAUACUUCUAAUGCCCAUGCCAUAAAUGUAACGGUUGCAGAUACAGCAACUAAAGAAGCACCCCAUGAAAAAGUAGGAAAAAAUUUUGAGGAAGUUUCUAGACCUUCUGUUAAAAGGCCAUCUCAUGGAAUCAUUGCAAGAGAUGAAGAGGACAAAGAAAUGUCUAGUGAUUACACCAUUAAUGUAGUGAGCCAUACAGACAAUGAGAAGAUAAAUCUUACAUCUCUGGAACCAGCACCUGAAGGAUGUGUUGUUGCAGAAGUCUUGAAUUUGGAAGAACAAGAGGUUUGGACAAACAUACCAAGCAUUUCAUCUUGCCCAGUAACUUUAGAGGAAAUAUUGGCAGAAAAAGAGAGUAAGAAACCUUUAGAUGAAAAAGAACACAAUGUUCUCUACGGUAGGAGAGCAGAAGCUGGAAGCAUACUUAAAGGAAUGAGCAGCAUUCAAUUUGAGGGCCACAGAAAUGAUGAGGAUCCAGUAGAGCUCUCAAUGAAGGGAAACAAGAGGACAUUAGAUGAAACCAAGACUCAUAGUGUAACAACUGCAACUGGAGAUGAAGAAACACAGCGUCAAGAUGGGCGGCCAAAUGUGUUGUCUCAUAUGAAGGACUCAGACAUGGAAGCAGAUGAAAGAGAAUUGAUUGGUAACAAGGAAGAACUGCAAACUGAGAAAUCAGAGAUGGUUAGAGUUGAACAAGCAAAAACAGAUGAAGAGAAGGACGAAGAAGAGGAAGGAGGUGAAUGCAAAAGAUCAGGCUUGGAUUCUGAUGCCCCAGUCAUGGUAGAAGCCACAAGAGAUACAGAUGUCAAGAUUGCACACAAGAAAUCUCACAAUAUACUUUCAGGUGUUGGUUCUAAGGUCAAGCAUUCACUUGCAAAGGUGAAGAAAGCCAUAACUGGCAAGCCUUCUCACCAGAAGCCACCAUCACAAAAGUAGGAUUCCCUCAAAAAAGGUUGGUUCCCAUUGGUUAAAGCUGCAUGAAAGUUUGUUUUAGUUAGAAUAGUUAAUGUACAAAGGGACUGUUCUCUGAUUUCUCUUUUUGUGCAUAGGCUACUAGUACUUGGGUUUUGUCAGAUGCUGUGUAUUUAUCCAACUUUAAUAAAUCAAUAAUGCAAAGUUAGUUACUCA